GCAGUUUUUUCUUAGCAGUUCUGUCAUCACCAGUGCAGCUAUGCAUCGUUCCAGGCGUUCUACUCUGCCUCCCAGACGUUACCAGUCGGAACAGGAACCUCCUGCACCUGCAAAAGAAAAAAUAAAGAUAAGUUUUCAAUCUAUUUCUGAGGAUGAUUUAGAUAUCAUUCCCCCAACUCAAUAUACUACUGUUGUGUCAGCCCAGGUUCAUAAUGUGGAAGAGCAGGGACCUAUUGAUAUUGAGUUAGCUCAGGAAUCCCCCAGACCUCAAGCAUUGCAGACCCAGCAGGCUAAUUUACCUCUUGAUAGUGUACAGGCCUCAUUUUUAAGUGCUGUACCCCCUGCUGCUAUGUCAGCAGUUUCUGACCUAUUGAAAAACAUAAUAUCCGCUAUGGCUGCAGCCUCCCCAGGGCCCAGUGUCACACCAGCUGUUUUCCCUCCUGAUCCUUCUAGUCAGGAUCCGGAUCCUGCUUUAACUACCCCCAGCAGGCAUCGCCCUUUCACACCUCUCAUUGAGGCACCACACGUGGCAACACGCGGUCCCCAGCCCGGCCGGAACAUGGCCCCUCAGCCCUCAACACCCGGACUUGCCCCUGGUCGCACCAUACCCGAGGCCCAUGCCAUCUCAGGGCCUAUGCUGCUCCCCCCGGGGCCUAGCGAUCUCCUUCGCCAGCCGCGUGGUCCGGGUCCGACUUCCGGUGUCAACGCCAUGUUAGUGACGUCACCGGAAGCGGACAUCGGCACUUCCGGCUUGGCAGAUUCCCGCGCGGUCACAAGGACAUCGGCUCCCGGGGCAACGCCACUUGCAGGUGAGCACCGAGAGCCGUCCUUGGCCGUUGGCGGGUUAUCAGUGGGGGGUCGGAGGGGCAUUAGCAGCGCAAGCAAACUGCGCAAGCGAACGGCACAUUUGAAUGUUAAUCCUCAGGGGCAUCAAAGGGGUCGCUCCAUCAUAAGAGGUAGUACCAGGCAGAUAGCCAGUGAUAGGGGUAGGGGGACACGCAGAGUUAACCCUUCCAGGGCAAUGAGGCCAUUACAGUUUAUACAAAUGGGAGAUAACGUAAAUGCCGUUCAGCAGGCCGCUCCCGAUAUUAUUAACCCACACAGGGCUGAUAGUGGUUUAGUGCAAGCGGCCGCUCAGCCGCAUGAUAUUGUGUCUAAUAAUAGCCUGCAUGUGAAUCAAGGCAAUGUUCAAAGUAUGCAUGUUAAUCAAAACAUUGAGCAUCAUUUACCAUCUCAUCAUUUACCAUCCCCCAUUGGUGUGAAUGCGGCUUUGAAUGGUGUGAACGUACAAGCAGCUCCUCAGGGAUAUAAUACACCCCUGGUUGGCAUACAUAAUGCGAAUGUGCAAUCUUUAAGCCAGCUACAACAUCCCAUUACUUUAGGCAUACAAGGAGUACAACCCCUUGAUCAGGGUAUCCACUCCCCCAUGGCAGCCACGCAGGGCGCUCAUGCACACUCAUUAAACCAUGCACAAUCAAUAAGCCAGGCAUGCCAUAACCCUAUUGUAGACCAGCAGGGUGUGAAUGCUCAGACAUCUGCGAAUGGACAGUCAGUGAGUCAGGGAUUUCAUACACCACUUCAUAUAGCUCAUCCACCCCUUGCUACUGAUAAUCCAGACACAUCCAUUGGGCAAAGUGCUCGCCAAAUUCUUUCUCUUUUGCAGGGGGCAAUUGGAUCACAAAGUGCAGCAAAAACACGGACCAACACUGCCACAGUCAUGAGUGGGGCGGAUGCAGGAGUACCAGGCAGCAUUACAGCAGGAGCAGCAGCCACCACUUCCACUGCACAGCAAGGGUCUUCAGGACUCGCCCUCCAAAACCAGCCAGCAGGCCAGCCCGUUUCCAGCAUGGGUCAGGGACCUCCUGCCAUUAGUCACGGCACUACCCCCGGGGUGAAGCGAAUCUGGAUUGUGGGCCACUCCUUUGUCCACUGGGCCUCCCUACGCUGUGCGUCCCUCCCAUUUGGCCAAUCCCUAGGUCUCCCUUCCAACAAGGCAUCCGUUAGGUGGUUGGGUGAUAGGGGGAUGUGCUGGCCCCAAUUAGCAGGAACCAUAUCUGAGGCCCUGGUACGCUGGGGGAAGCCUCACAUUAUUAUUCUUCACCUAGGGGGUAACGAUGUGGGGGCCAUACCAGUUUUACAGUUGAUUAAGGUUAUGCAGGCAGACAUUGGGUGGCUAAGAGUACGCAUCCCGGGGGUCAUGAUAGGGUGGUCCCAUAUAAUACCCCGUCUCCACUGGAGGCAUAUGUCGGCCCAUACGGCGGCAUACCGGGUUAGGAAGAAGAUCAAUGCGUCUGUAGCGAAAACCGUCACUGGGUCAGGUGGCUUCGUGGUACGGCACGAAGCCAUUUCGGCUGAUAGAACCGAGCUAUAUAGAAGGGAUAAAGUUCACCUUUCUGAUGUGGGGCUGGAUUUAUUCAUAGGGGACAUUCAGAGAGCUCUGUUACCCCUCCUGUAAAUCGGGUUGUGCGUUGGCGGCAAGGGUACCAUUAAAAUGCUUCCUUGUGGCGGGAGAUCCUCGGUCCGGUUGCGCAGGAGAAGGUCGCUAGGGGUGAGUGAUGGCCAGACUUCCGGGGAGGAGGGUAGGCCCUCACGUGCACGUGACGGUAACCCUCCUUCCUCCCUUUUGAGGGAUGGUCACGUGAUCUCUGCAACCCCUCAGCGUCAUCUCCUUAGGGCAGAGACUCCUCUGCUGCUGUUCCCGUUGGGCCGGUGAUCUCCUGCUGUUCUGGGUAGCUGAUCUCUAUGCCGCCAUAUAUAUUUUCAGUUCUAUCAGUUCUAUCUAGUUUGUUAGGUUAAUAAAAUUUUAUGGCCUGUGACGGUCACAAAAUUUUUCCCAUAAAAA